AUGAGUGAGCAGGGAGAAGAUGCAUUAUCACAAGAAAUGGGGGAAUCACCAGGGGGCACGAAGUUAUGGAUUCCUAAAGUUUAUAGCAAUAUUUGUCCAAAGGAAAAAAUGAACUCGUUGGGUGGAGUGCAAACCCGUUAUUUCGUUUGUAGCAAGGAGGGUAUUCCACCCAAAAAGGAAUUUGAUUCUUUAGAAGUUUCCUCGGGUGAGAGGAGAAGGAGUAAUACAAAUUUCAAACGUACUGGUUGUAAAGCUUGCCUUAAGGUACACUAUGUGAAAGAGAGCGGCCGUUACAAGGUUUAUCAUUUCAUUGAGGCUCAUAAUCAUAUGCUUUGUCGUUCGGAUGAAAAGAUGUUCACACGUUCAAGACACCAACUUGAUUACAAGGGUCGUAAAAAUGUUUAUCAUGCAUCCAGCUCUAAAGUUGGUAUCACUCAAUCACGCAGAAUGCAAUUGGCAAUUAACGGGGGUUUAGUAUCAUCUAGUGGGACAGCUAGGGAUCAUAUGAACUUUAGAAGAGACAUUCUGCUCUUCAUUGGUAACAAAGAUGCACAAAUGUUAAUAAACAAAAUGAGCAAACGGCGGGAACAUUGCCCUGAAUAUUUUUUUGAAUAUAAGUGUGUUGAGAAGGAGUUGAUUGCAAUAUUUUGGGCAGAUGAAACAGCGAGAAUGAAUUACAAACAUUUUGGAAAUACCAUAUCAUUUGACGCUACAUUUCGGACAAACAAACAUGCAAUGAUUUUUGUUCCAUUUGUUGCAAUUGACAAUCACAAGAAGUCCGUUGUGGUUGGUGCUUCAUUGAUUAGAAGUGAAUCUGUCGUUAAUUUCACAUGGGUAUUGAAGGCGUUUAUGAAAGCGCACGGUAGUCAGCCGCAGUUUAUCCGUGAUCAUUUAACCCAUGGCACGCCGUUCAAAAGCAAGUUCAACAAACUUGUAUGGAAUGUCCACAUAAGUCCUGAAAUUUUUGAGGAGAAAUGGAAUGCAAUGAUGGAUGAGUAUGGCCUACGGGGUCACUCGUGGUUUGAAGAAAUGUAUGCAAUAAGAGAAUCUUGGAUUCCAGCCUACUUCAAGGACUAUCCAAUGUUUGGUCUGAUGAAAAUCACUUCCAGGUCUGAGAGUAUUAAUUCAUUUUCUAAUGAAAUGAACAAGGCAGUAUGGUUCUGUGGGGUUGUCGAAGUUGUAGAGGUCGGUGAUAAGAUGAUUUACAGUAUUACACAUAAGAACAAGAAUUAUGAGGUUAAAGCUACGUACAAGGUGGUUCAUGAUGUAAGGGAUGAGUCUUUUGAUUAUAGUUGCAACCAUUUUGUUCGCAAUGGUAUAUUAUAUCGCCACGCGUUUAAGGUAAUGUACGGUGAAAUGGAUGUUGAGAAACAAGUUUUGAUCAACCAGGCUAUAUCAAUGUUUGAUCUUAUUAUUGGGGAUGUACGGAAUGAUAAGGGAUCGUUGACAGAGUUUGUGGAGCAAUUGGAACGUUUGGGUGAUGAAAUUACAGUUGAUGUUCCUAUAUUGACAGGGAUACGUAAUAAAGGUUGUGGAACUGGAAAGCGUCUUGUUGGUAUGUCAGAGAGGGUAUCCAUGAAUGCAAAGAAACCGAAAAGAUUGUGCAGAACUUGUGAGAAAAUGGGGUGGCAUGAUUCCCGCAACUGUCCGUCAAAGGGCGAUAGUAUGAAAUAA